AUGGGCUUCAUCGCCAGCAUCAACCGUGACGUCGCGACCAGCUUCGUCGGUCAGCGAUUCCGACUCGACGGCUCCGGCCAUCCCAAGGCGAGAAAGGACGCUCGUUUCCUGACGGAGAUUCGCGCCGGCAUGGCGACCUUCUUCGCCAUGGCUUACAUCAUCUCGGUCAAUGCCAACAUCCUCACGGCCUCCGGUGGAACCUGCGGCGCCUGUGUGCUGCCCGAGGACGGCACCCCCUACGAUUGCCUCAGCCAGCCGGAGUACUCGCUCUGCCUGAGUCGCAUGACCCGUGACUAUAUCACGGCCACGGCCGCCAUCGCUUCCCUCGCCAGUUUCUCCAUGGGCCUCUUCGCCAACAUGCCAGUUGCGCUCGCACCGGGUAUGGGUGUCAAUGCAUACUUCUCCUACACCGUCGUGGGACCUUACGGCUUCGGACCGGUCCGCUACCAGCUGGCCUUGACGGCCAUCUUCAUCGAGGGUUUCAUCUUCUUCGCUCUCUCGAUUCUGGGCCUGCGGCAAUGGCUUGCCCGACUCAUUCCUGCCUCCAUCAAGCUAGGUGCCGGAGUUGGGAUCGGUCUAUACUUGACUAUUAUCGGCUUCACCUACAGCGCAGGAAUUGGAGCCAUCACCGGUGCCUCUGCUACCCCACUGGAGCUCGCAGGCUGUUCCCCAGCAGACUUGGAUGUCAAUGGCGUAUGCCCUACAUCCACGAAGAUGCGCUCGCCUACCCUCUGGCUUGGUGUGUUCUGUGGUGGUUUCCUGACCGCCAUCCUUCUGAUGUACAAGGCGAGGGGAGCCCUGAUCGCCGGUAUCUUGCUCGUCUCGAUCAUCUCCUGGCCAAGAGACACCUCGGUCACCUUCUUCCCUCGAACCCCCGUCGGAGAUGCCAACUUUAACUUCUUCAAGAAGGUGGUCACCUUCCACCCGAUCGGUGAGACGCUCGGUGUCAACGAGUGGAACCUCAGUGGUGCGAGUGCCCAGUUCACGCUUGCAAUGAUCACCUUUCUGUAUGUCGACGUUAUGGAUGCUACGGCUACGCUGUACUCCAUGGCCCGCUUCGCUGGCGCCAUCGACGAGGACACGCAAGACUUUGAGGGCUCUGCUAUUGCGUACUUGGUGGAUGCUCUUAGCAUCUCGGUUGGCUCGCUCUUUGGGCUCUCCCCCGUCACCGCUUUCAUCGAGUCAGGCGCUGGAAUCUCCGAAGGGGGCAAGACGGGACUGACCGCCAUGACUACCGGUAUCUGCUUCUUCAUCUCCAUCUUCUUCGCUCCGAUCUUCGCCUCGUUCCCGCCCUGGGCGACCGGAUGUACCCUGAUCAUCGUCGGUGCGAUGAUGGCUUCCACCGCUAAGGACAUCAACUGGAAGUACCCCGGCGACUCCAUCCCAGCCUUCGUCACCCUGGCCACCAUGCCGUUCACCUACAACAUUGCCUACGGUCUGAUUGCCGGUCUUGUGUCUUACAUCAUCCUCAACAUGACCGUGUUGUUGGUCGAAACUGUCAGUGGUGGGAAAUGCGUGCCUCCCGACAAGGCGCUCAAGGAGCCAUGGACCUGGAAAGUUAAGGGCGGUGUCAUCCCUGGCUGGCUCGUGAGGCUUUUCAAGGGCAAGAAGGACUUCUGGCGCAGCUACGAGGACACCGCCAAUCGCAACGCCCCUCCCCUCGACUCCCCCCGCCCCUCCGACACCAGCUCCGUCAAGGCCUCCCGUCACGCAUACAACCAGAAUAAAGGAGUCCACAUCACCUCCUCGCCCGGCGCCUCCGAUACCUCCGACAUUGAGCGCGUUGCAAAGUCGGCUUGA